AUGUUUUUGCAAACUCUGAGCAAUAUUGCAGAACUUGGUCCAAGCACUCUUGUCAUCAAGACAUUGAAACCUGAGCAUAAGUGUGCAAGUCUUACAGAGAGUCAUCAUCUAACAUACCACAGAAUAGCGAAGGAAGUACAAGAAGACUUGUUUGUGGAUGAGGAGUGGUCCAGGAAUGGGAUGCAUAACCAUAUCCAAAAGAAAUUCAAUGUUGAUGUAAGCACGCAAAAAAUUGCAAGAGGGAGAGCAAAGGCCAAAAGGAUGAAUGAUGGGCAUUACAUACAGCAGUACAAUAUGUUGGCAAGUUACAAGAAGGAGUUGUUGAGGAGCAACCCAGGGUCUACAGUUCAGAUCAAGACAGAGAUGGUAGGUGAGGUGAGGAGGUUUCAUAGGCUCUAUAUCUGCCUGGCAGCUUGCAAGAAAGGAUGGAUUGAGGGUUGUAGACCUUUGAUUGGAUUAGAUGGCUGCCAUAUUAAAGGUCAGCACCCUGGUCAACUACUUAGUGUUGUUGGUGUUGAUGGGAACAAUGGUAUGUUCCCCAUUGCUUGGGCAAUUACUGAAGUUGAAAACAGAGACACUUGGAGAUGGUUUUUGGAGUACUUGGCUUGGGAUCUGAAGAUGGAAAGGCCUUCAUUUUACACAUUUAUCAUAGACAAGCAAAAAGGUUUGGGGAUGGCCAUAGCUGAAUUAUUUCCUGGGGCAGAACAUAGACACUGUGUCCGGCACCUAUACAACAACUUUAAGGCCAAGCAUCCGGGUGAAGGGCUGAAGCAACUAGUGUGGGAUGCAGCUAGAUCAAGCACCAGGGUUUGGUUCAAUAAACACAUGGAUGAGAUGAAGGGAUUGGAUGAUGUGGCAUGGACUUGGUUUCAGGACAAGUCUCCAGAACAAUGGAGUAGGGCUUAUUUUAGGGAUGAUUCAAGGUGUGACCUUUUGUUGAACAAUCUUUGUGAGUCAUUCAAUGCAGCAAUCCUGCCAGCUAGGGGCAAGCCUAUUAUAACAAUGUUGGAGAAGAUAAGGAUGGAUAUGAUGGUAAGGAUGGCAAACAGAAGAGUGGCAGCUCAAAGAUGGACUGAUAUGGUUGGUCCAAGGAUUAGGAAGAUAUUAGAGAAGGUGGCAGAAAGGAGCAGCUGUUAUAGAGCUUAUCACUCUGGUGAAUUUGAGUUCCAAAUAACUGGAGGGGGAGAAAAGGGCAGCAAGCAUGCAGUGGACCAAAGGCUUCACAUUUGCACAUGUAGGAGGUGGCAGAUAAGUGGAAUACCUUGUGUCCAUGCCAUUUGUGCCAUCAGAAGCAAAAAGGCAGACCCAGCUCUUUUUUGUGAUGAUUACUUGAUGCCAAGUACUUAUAUGGAAUCCUAUAAUCCCAUUAUUCAUCCUAUUGCUGGUGAGGAUGAUUGGGACCAAGUGGACUGCCUUAUAGCGCACCUCCCCCAUAUAAGAAGCAAGCCGGCAGACCAAAAAUGA